AAUUUUUAAUUGUCUUCCUGUCACGUGACUCAGGUAAAACAAGAACAAACUUAAACGUAAACAAACACACAGAGAAAGUUUUCUAACAGGGACCAGCCAUGCCUACAGCAACAUCUGAGGCACUGAGUGCCAGGGAGGCCAUUGACUUCCUGGCUGAUCAGCUGGAUGAACUCUACGAUGUCGGAGCUCGGCCAGCUGAUAUUGACCUGCUCAAGAACAUCUUUACAGAUAUGUCAUUGUUCCAUGUUAUUGAUAUCCAUGAGAACCUUGAGGUGAUGAUGCCACCUUGUAAAGACAAGGAUGCUGUGUCUGCUGCCAGAGAGCUGCUGGAGGCUUUAGCUGAGGCAGAGGAACCUGAAGAUGAUGUGGAGGAACUAAAAGAGAUAUUAUCCAAUCCACAUUUUAGAGCCUUGCUGGUAGCCCAUGAUGACGUCACCAACAAAAACUUUGAAGGGGACAUAGACAAGAGCCAGGAAGUCAUGAAAGGUCCUCAGUUGUUAUCUCCCCUGCCCCCUGUCUUCAACUCCACCCAGGAGCAGGUCCGUUAUGUCAACAUCCGCAAGUCACAGACGGAGCCACUGGGCAUUACAGUCAAACUGGAUGAGGCCAAUGACCUUACAGUUGCCAGAAUCUUGCAGGGCAGUCUUGUGGAUAAACAGGGGAUCCUCCAUGUUGGAGACAUUAUCCGAGAGGUCAACGGAUUCCCAGUGGGCACACCGGAGCAGAUGAUGGAUAUGAUCAUAGACUCCGACCCUGACAUCACCCUCAAGAUCAUCCCAUCCUUCAUCCAUCAAAACAAAACUGAACCGGUUUACAUGAAAGCCCACUUUAGCUGGGACCCAAUGAAAGACCGUCUUCUGCCAUGCAAGGAAGCUGGCCUGCCCUUCAAUGACGGUGACAUCCUGGAAAUUGUCGUCAGUGAUGACACUAACUGGUGGCAGGCCCGUCUUGCUGAAAUCAAUGGCCCAGUUGGUCUCAUCCCAUCCCAGGCCUUGGAGGAGAAGAGAAAAUCUUUUGUCAACCCUGACCUGGACUAUUCCAAAAGCAGUUUGUUUUGUGGUCUGACAAAGAAAAAGAAGAAAACAAUAAAAUACAGCUCUAAAGAUAACAAAGAAUACGACAAAGCUGAUGUGAUGAUUUAUGAGGAAGUGAGGAGGAUGGCACCGUUUGAACGUCCAUUCUUGGUGCUGGUUGGUGCCAAAGGUGUAGGUCGGAGGUCACUGAAAGAGAGACUUAUCAAAGACGACCCUCGUAGAUUUGGGACACCAAUUGCUCACACCUCCAGAGCGCCCAGGGAAAGAGAGGUGGACGGUCAGGGCUACUACUUCACUGACAGGGAAUCAAUGGAGCGUGACAUCCUGGACAACAAGUACGUGGAGCACGGCGAGUUCAACUUUAACCUUUACGGCACUCGGGUGGACUCGUGCUGGGAUGUGGUCAAGUCUGGUAAAAUGUGCGUGCUGGACGUCAGCCCCAAUGCUCUCAAGCUACUAAAGACCCAGGAGUUCAUGCCCUACAUAGUUUUUAUUGCGGCACCAAGUGUGGCCGCACUGAAGGUGAUGUACGAGGAGGGUAGGCAUAUGUCCAGGGGAGGAAAGGGCCAAGGUGGGAUGAAUGUGGUUGAAUUAAAAAGUGAGGAUGACUUCAUAAAGACAGUCAACGAGAGUGCUGACAUUGAGUUGAAGUUCAACAGCUACUUCGACGAGGUUAUAGUCAACGACAACUUCGAUGAGACCUACCGUCUGCUGCGUAAAUCAUUAAACGAGAUGACGUCCAAACAGCAGUGGGUGCCGGUCAACUGGGUGCAUUAAGACUUGAGGUUUUAGUUCCUUGUGAAACAUUUUGUUAUGUUAUGUAAAGAUAUUUAUAAAAAUUGAUUUUUGUAAGGGAAGCAACCCAGGUGUUUUUAGUAUCUCAAAAGUGAAUAUUUAUAUGAAGUAAUAUAUUCUUCAAAUAAUAUAGGGUUUACAAUAUUUACCAUAAAAUAGAUAUGAACUUGAGGUUAAGUUUAAUAAUUAACAGAGAUUAUCUUAUUGGACGUAAAAAUUAUGUAUAAAAACAUUACAUAGAAUGGUUUACACAUGUAGGCCUAUAUUUAACUUGUUUUUCAAAAACAAGAGUGACAAGCAAAUAGAAAAUACUAGCUAUGUGUGAAUGCAUCAAACUGCCAUUACACAUUCCUUUUCUGCCUAGAGUAUACUGAGACAUUGAUUGUUAUAACAAUUAUUAUUGUCAAUUAUUAUUGUCGUCAUUUUAGCCUAGUUAACUUGUACAUGUCUGUAAUCCAUGAUAAUAAACACUGAAUUAUUUUGAGCUGUUCUAGAAUAGAUCAUAUUUACCUUUUACUACAAAGUAUUUCAAAUUAUUAUCUAAUGCAGAUUUUGUUCUGCUUAUAUAUCUUUCUGUUCUAUAAGUUUUAGUUGGAGGUGUAGUGAAGUGACACGUAGCCUUGGUAGAUUUCUUCUUAUGAUUGUUGUUUUAUAAAUUUCUUUAUAUCCAAGAUGCCUUAACAAACUUGUGUAGACAUUCCAUUCAGUAAAACACUGUAUCUUUGUAUUUGUAUAUAAGGGAGACAAUUGUGUUUUGUACUACAAAGGGCCAUAACCUUCAUCUACAAGGUUCAAAUUUAUGUGUUAUUGUAAUGCAAUGGAUUUAUAUUGUUUAUCAUAUUCAUAAUUAUAUGGUCUAGGCAUAGAUUAAAUAAGGUAGUUGUGUCUUUUAGAAUUAAUAUAUCUACUACACAUGUUUGGUUAAGCUAGCAUGAUCACAUUCGAGGGUUAAUUAGCAAGUAUUAUGGAUUGUUUUGGUGAUGAUGGGUCCAUAAAACAAAUGUUUCAUUUUGUUUUUACCUAGACCUAUUCUAGAUGAAGAGGAUGGAACCCCCCCCCCCCCCCCUGAGCCAUGGAUAUGUAAGUUGGUGGAUGAAUUGAUACAUCAUCUUCUAGAGUUGAGUUUAUCAUCAUUGUGAACACCCCCCCCUCCAAAUCAAUCCCACCUUUGACUUCUCAAAGUUAUUAUUAGACACACACAUCUUCAUUCUUAAAAGAAUCUGGCUGUCAGCUGAUCUUGAACUCAAAUGUAAACAUUCCACCAUGUACCGUUAAUGUUGACUGAUGCCAUUGGGAACCCUGGAUAUUAUAUUUUUUUUUUAGACAGAAUUUUUUUUUAUGAUGCAUACAAUUGUUUCAUUCUUUGAAUGAUAUCUGCAUAUUGAAUAAAAAAUUCUCUCUCGUUAAACUAGAUAGUAAUUAAACUCUUACUUUUGCAGUUGUGGCCCAUAUUAAAAAUAACACUUGAAGCAGGAGUCCUGUACUUGUAUGUGUGUUAUAGGGCUGGUAAGUAGGUCACCAACCAUCUCUACGGUUCAAUAAAACCUACAUUAGCCAUAGAACUGGUUGGUGACCUACUUACCAGCCCUAUAUCUUUUAUCAUUGACUGAUGUUAGUCCAGAUAAGCAAUCUCUUAUACAACUCUUUAUUCCAUCGUAUUGGAUUUCCUAAUCCUCUUACAUCCUAUAUGUGUCAUUUGAUUGUCUAAAUGUUGAUAUUUUUGUAUAGGGUUUAAACAUGUAUUUAGUAUAGUUUUAGUGAUGACUAUGUGAUUAAAACAAAUAGAUAUUAAAAUAUUUGGGGAAAAAAAGCUGAUGUUUGAAAAAAAAAAGAAGGAGAACGUUUACACAGAAUUUUCUAGAUGAAAAAUUCAAGUAAAGAUGAAGAAAAACAAUUUUAGAGGCAGCUUUAUUUGAAAUGUUUUUUUCUGUAAUUUCUGAUCAUUAGAGCACCAACUAUCUGUACAAGCUAACACCUGGUCCCAACAAUUUUAGUGCCAGAUACAAAAGACAUGUUGCUUGUAACAUUUGUUUGAUGUUACAUUCUCAUACAAUUGUUCCAAACAAUUGUAUAAACUUUUGUUCCAUACACUUGAACUUUUGUUCCAUACAAUUAUAUAAGCUUUUGUUCCAUACAAUUGUAUGAGCUUUUGUUUCAUACAUUUGUAUGAGCUUUUGUUUCCUACAUUUGUAUAAAGCUUUGUUCCAUACAUUUGUAUGAAGUUGUUUCAUAUGUUUGUAUGAAACUGCAUUGUCAUACCUUUGUAUAUUGUUACACAUAUAACAUUGAUUUGAAAAUGAGAUUUUUAUCUUUAAAUUUUAUUUUGUAUAUAUUUUAACAAUUUUCAAUUUGUACUCAUCUUUUAUUCAUCACAUAUUAUUGACCUAACAACAUAGAUUAAUUGGUUUAAUUAGCAACACAAUAGAUAAUUAUGAAUUUGUUAUCAUGACUGUUUUUUUUUGUAUUGAUAUGGAUUUUUAUACUAUCAUGCAUCAAACAUCGGAUUAAAUUUUUUUUUUUUAAAUCUUCGUUAAGCCUCUUUAUUGUUUUAUUCUCGUUGAUUUAACACAUUUUUUCUGAAUGGUCUAACAUCUGUAAUAACAUCUGUAACUUACUUAUGUAUGAAUAGCCAAAUAUCUAUAGCUUUCUGUUAGCUAUUGUUAGCACUUUAAAUCUAUGUUCACUCAUAGUUUUUUGUUUUUUUAAUCUUUGUUGCCCAAACAAAACUCUCACAUUAAAUAUUAUUAUAUCAUUUAAUUAAAUAAUUAAUGCAUUUAUUUUUGUUGUCUAUGCAGUCCAUUUUGAUAAUAAAACAAAUACAUAAAUAUU